AUGACCUAUCCAUCUCCCUUGAAAGUGGUUUCCAGAAAACUAGCAGACAACAUUGUGAUCUCGUCGUCUCCAUUUAAAAGAUCAAAUACCCUCAAUUUUGGUGCUCGAAUGGCCCUCUUUAACUACGGUGAAAGCAUUGUAGUUUGGUCUGCACUCCCUUUUGGAUCCCAUAUUCUUGAGGCGUUGGUGCUUCUCACGGGCCAGAAAUCCUCGGACGCUUCUUCCUUCAACGUGACCCAUCUUAUAGUCCCCGAUGCCGAACACACCAUGGCUGCUAAAUCAUUCAAGGAAAAGUUUCCAGAAAUUAAAAUAUUGGCCAUGGAAAACGUCAACAUUGGCGACGGCAUUAAACCCGACUAUGUGGUGACGGAAAAGAGUGGAAACAAGGUACUUGACAAGUCGUUGCUAUCCCUGGAAUUGGGCCUUACAGACCCACCUCUUGUCGACAACUUUGAAUUUGUCUACUUGCCCACCCACGUGAACCGUGAAUUGGUAGCAUACGAGAAGAACUCCAAAAUUCUAUUCGAGGCAGACUUGUUAUUCAACUUACAACCCAAAAAUCUCGAGCAAUUUUCAACUGCAACAGGUUAUUCCAGCAACUUCAACCCACACUCAGGUUUAUCUUUCUUGACCCGCUAUCUUCGACCAGAGAGCAGUGUGGGGCGCUACAUGUUCAACAAAAUCGUAAAAAGCUCAGAUCCACAGGCAAAAAAGGGACUUCAAGCAAUACAUCUGUGGAACUUUGACCAGAUAGUGAUGUGCCACGGAAACGUUAUUGAGCACGGAGCCAAGGCCCAGUUCGAGCGAGUGUUCCGCUCUGUAUUGUAG